AAGGCAUCUAAUUAAUGUUAGGUGUACUCUUUACUUCUACCGGACCGGUCCAAUUAAUGCCGAUGAGUCCAUCAUCAUCUCACCUACAAUAUCUUCAUUCACCUACAGCAUAUCAUCCUUUCCGCAAUGGACGGCCUGACCUCCUACUAAACAUAUCUUUCUAACGAGAUAUAUCCAUAUCAAACUUUUCAUUCUUCACAUUUUUAUGAGCUGUUUAGCUCCGACUUCACGAAGAUGAUACCGCAAAUGCAUAUAUCCUAUUAUACACAGCGAAUAGCGCAAUACUAUGCAAUAGAAUCAAUACAAAAAAUAAGAGUGUAAAUCGAUAUUAAAUGCUGCUGGGCAACGACCAUAAUCCCACACAACCCCAAGAGAGAUCGACUAAUCAACGCGUGAAUAUCGAUCGGCCACGUUACUCGUAGCCUUCCAACGCGACACCGCACAGAACUCGCCAAGUGAAGAAAGCAGAAGACUAACGAUGGCUUCCAUAUUCACCUUUGAUCAUGAUCCUCCACGGGUGAAUUCACCAUGGCUUUCUGGGCAAUCCAACCAGGACUCCGGAAAAAGGCCCCAUACCGAACGUUAUGUGACAACUGGUGCUAUUCCUGAGCCUGGACAGCUCUCCGAUUCUCAUCUGGACAGACUAGAAGCAGAGCCGCAGGAUGGUCCCAUGGAAUACAAAUUACACCUAUUAUUAAGGCCUAGAAGGUUCUACGAUAAAAUGAGUACUACACUGAAAGUCUCUGGGUCUCAACAGUCUGGGUCACUGAGAGAAGCAAAGCAACCGAGACAUGGCGCUCUGCCGCCUGCCUCUUCAAGCCAGACGAGACAGAACCGUCUUCAUCAUUUGACGACACAGCUACUAUGGAGACUACAACAAUCGUCCCCGAAUCAUUCAAAUGCGAGACGUGAUCUUGUUAUGCCAAAACUACCCGAAGACAUCGCGGAUCUUUCUGCUUUGGAAAAGCCGGGAAAGCUGCUGCCAGGUCUUGAAGAGUCUAAUGGAGCUCUAUAUGAGAUAGGCGUGGCGGACGACGGAACGUUCGUAGGGUUGACUAAAGAUGAGAUGGACGAAAGCAUGACCACUCUUAAAGUCAUGGCUGCUAGUCUGGGUUGUAGGGUCGAGAUACAACAUAUGAACACUGUCGGAAGUUGCGAAUGGAUAGAGACCACAUCAGAAUCGAAAGACGAACUUCGGGUCGCAGAUCUUUGGGUAGCCGAAGCCUAUAUAAUACCAGUCCUGAAUACUAGGAGCAGCAAGGAUGAGCAACAGACAAGCCAGCUGAACAGUACUCCCAAGAGAGGUUCUUCAAUCACUGAGCAACUUCGUAUCUCGCUGGUUGGGCCGACAACGUCGGGUAAAACGACGCUGCUAGGGACCCUGUCUAAUGGCGCGUUGGAUAAUGGACGAGGAAGCAGCCGAAUCAAUUUGCUAAAACAUCGCCACGAAGUCGCCUCAGGGCGGACAAGCUCGAUCGCCCAGGAACUCAUCGGUUAUGAAGGCCAGAGAAUUUUCAAUUAUCAUGUUGAUAAUAUCAAUGAGUGGCCCGACAUACACGACCGUGCCGAGAAUGGUAGGCUAGCUUUCUUAUUGGACACCGCUGGACAUCCACGAUACCAGCGGACUACUUUGCGUGCCCUUGUCGGUUGGGCUCCCCAUUGGACCAUGUUGUGCAUACCUUCGAAUGAAGACAGCAUCUCGCCUUUUGGUGCCCAGUCGCUCUCCGAUGCAGACGGAGCUGCUGGGAUUGAAAUAACGUCGACAGAUUUAGCCAAGGCACAACUCGAUUUAUGCCUAAAAUUAGCUAUACCUCUAGCUAUUAUCAUUACGAAAUCUGAGCUGGGACAGCGUACAUCACUAAAGGAGAAAUUGAAUCAAGUGUUCACUAAAAUUAAGGCUAUGGGAAGGAUUCCAAAAUUGCUCACUUCCGCUGCAAACAACGAGGUCAAUUUACUUGAAGUACCUGAGGAGGAUUUACGAAAAGUCAAGAACGAAGUCAUUGACCCCAUCGCAAAAACCGGCGACCCGCUAUCUAUUGUUCCAAUCAUCCUUACCAGCGCAGUUAAAGGUAUAGGUAUUGGGCUAACUCACGCUUUACUGAGAAGCUUGCCGGUUCCGCCUAUACCGACAGCUCGAGACUUCGUUCCACUUGCCUUGAACCCAGAACAGCCAGCUUCCCUAUUUCAUAUUGACGAGGUCUUCGAAAUGACGCUCAGUCGCGCCCAGAAAGUCGCAUCCUCCGGGUCGAGUGAGAGUGCCCCGGUGGUGACGGGUUAUCUACGAUUUGGAAAACUAUCAAUUGGUGAUAGCGUUGUUUUAGGUCCUUUCCCAGGCGAGGAUGAUGAUAACAGCGCCUUGGUACCGAACGAUCAUCCUUCGCCUGGUUAUAGCCUAUCGAUUCCUCAUCCUUCGUCCGCGGAAUUUGCCCGACUAAACUCUCGUCACCCGCUAUCUGCUGCUAAAGUCGAGGGUGAAUGGCGCCAAGCAACGAUCGUGAACAUUCGUGAUUUGAGACUUCCGGUACAAACUAUUGAAGCGGGGCAGGCAGGGUCCAUUCAAAUCGUCUUUGACGAGCUCGUUGAAGAAGUAUCCGAUACUAGCAAUAUUGCCGAUAAGCCAAGGAUUUCUAGUAUCAGGCUUCGUAGAGGCCAAGUUCUUGCCGUGCCCAGUCAGCAUAUGCUUGAUACAGGACUCUCUCUUCAGGCUGCCUCGAGCCUAAUAGCAUCUUUUAAAACAUCGGAUGUUAAGUCACUCACUGUCAAUAGUCUGAUCAAUGCCUAUGUGGGAAUGGUUCGUGCUGCUGUUCGAGUAUUGCAAGUGUCACGGCAAAGGCCUGACUCGGACUUGAGGAAAAUUUCCACGGAAGACAACGAUGAUGUAUUUGGCAUUAACGACCACAUUGAGCUUGAGCGCACCAAGUCAGAAGCAGACCUCGACGAAUACCGUGCAGAGUAUCAUGUUUCACUGGAACUUCUCAAUAGCAGGGAAUGGAUCGAGCUUGGAUCACAGAUUGUUCUUGUGGAUGGGGGAUUCAAAGAUAAGUCGGGGCUUGAGGGUUACGUCGGAAAGGUUAUCGAGAUAGGAGAGUAGACGGGGUAUCUGUCCAAUGAUACUCCCAACAGGUUGUUUUACAUAUCAAUAUAAAUGAAUAGCGAAACCAGAUUGUAGU